AUGAGUGCCGCCCCAGGAGCAGGAUUCGAAUAUCCCCCAACAGAAGUCUCAUGGCUUCAGAGGGACGUUUUGCUGUUCGCAAACAGCAUAGGCUGCACAAAUGACGAGCUUCAUUUUCUCUUUGAAUUACACCCAGACUUCGCAGUCUUCCCAACGUAUCCCAUCAUCCUCCCAUUCAAGAAGACAUCCCAAGAAGUAAUCGAUUUCUACGCCGCCCAAGGCGAGACACCCAUCCCAGGAGUCCCGAAAUUCGAUUCUCGUCGCGUAGUCGACGGGCAGCGACUCAUUAAAUUCCUCAAGCCUCUCCCCUCCACAUCUGCCGGCCGCAAGUUCGAGCUCCGAACCAAGAUCAUCGGCGUAUACGAUAAGGGAAAAGCGGGAAGUGUGGUAGAACAACAACAGGAUAUUGUGGAUAAGGAGAGUGGAGAGGUUUAUGCUAGUGCGAUUGGAAGUGCUUUCUUUGUCGGACAGGGAAAUUGGGGUGGACCUAAGGGACCUGCUACUCAGAACUUCCCACCGCCUGAGGGGAAGAAACCAGAUGCUACAGUGAGCCAUCAAACUACGUUGGAGUCGGCGUUGCUAUACAGAUUGAACGGCGAUUACAACCCUCUCCACGCAACUCCCGAACCCGGAUCCAAGAUGGGUUUCGGAGGAGCAAUCAUGCAUGGUCUCUCAUCAUGGAACUUCGCUUGUCACGGCCUACUGAAAGCAAUGGGAGGAAGCGACCCAAAGAACAUCAAAGAAUUCCAAGCCCGCUUUGCGAGUCCCGUGAAGCCAGGCGACAAACUCGUGACCGACAUCUGGAAGACUGGAGAUGUGAAGGAUGGGUGGGAAGAAAUUCGAUUCGUGACGAAAAUUGAGGGUGGGAAGGUGUGCUUGAGUAAUGGGAGGGCGCUUAUGAAGGUUGUGGGUGGUGCGCAGAGUAAAUUGUAG